CCAGAUGAUGAUUUGUUUCAGCUGGCUGAGUGAGUGUGUGUUUGUGAUAUGACCAAUAGGAAGUAAUCCAGGAAUGUAGCAGCUCCGAAACGGAAGAACAUUUUCCGCAACUAUAAACAUGUUGCAGCGUUUAGGAUGCCGCUGAUGCUGAACCGGCACAAUGACGAGUCCGACUGUGUUCACAGCACAGAAAGUGCUGUUAAAAGUAGGUGACCGUACAGGAUAGUAACAAUGGAACGACAGACUGUCUGGAGCAAAUGGACUGCAUUCCAAAGGGAGAUGGCUCAAUUUAAGAUGACCUGUUCGUAUGUUCCUCAGACUGCUGGCAGCUAGUAUGCUGAAGCACUGAAAGAACCAAACUGGAGGAGGAUCAAACUUUGGAACUACUUCACCACAUUAUAUAUGGUUGAUUGCAUCCUGGUCGCCUUAACUUGUGGACAGACUUCCUUAAGAGAACCACCAUCCAGAAGCCAGCAUGGCUGACAAUGUGAAUGCAUUGCCAUUCUUUUAUGGCAAUAUCACCAGAGAGGAGGCAGAAGGCUACCUGCGGCAGGCAGGCAUGGGAAAUGGUUUGUACCUGCUACGGCAAAGCCGAAACAAUCUCGGGGGUUUUGCACUGUCUGUGUCAAAUUCAGGCCGCUGCUACCACUACACUAUUGAAAGACAACAGGAUGAAACAUACGCUAUUGCUGGUGGUAAGAGUCACAGGAGCCCUGUGGAUGUGAUUGACUACCACUCCCAAGAGAUGGAUGGUCUUGUGUGCCUCCUGAAGAAACCAUGCAACAGGCCUAAGAACAUGCAGCCAAAGGUGGGGCCGUUUGAGGACCUGAAAGAAAACCUGAUCCGGGAGUAUGUAAAGCAGACCUGGAACCUGCAGGGGGCAGCUCUGGAGCAGGCCAUCAUCAGCCAGAGGCCUCAACUCGAAAAACUCAUUGCCACCACUGCGCAUGAAAGAAUGCCCUGGUUCCAUGGAACAAUAACACGAGAAGACUCCGAGCCCAGGCUUCAAAAUGGCUCCCGUACAAAUGGAAAAUUCCUGAUUCGACAGAGAGAUUCGAAUGGAUCCUAUGCUCUGUGUUUACUACAUGAGGGACAAGUCAUGCAUUAUCGCAUUGACAAGGACAGGAAUGAAAAGCUCUCCAUUCCAGAUGGGAAGAAGUUUGACACUCUGUGGCAGCUGGUGGAGCACUACUCAUACAAACCAGACGGCCUGCUGCGAGUGCUAACAGAACCCUGUUCACGACCUGAUGGAGAAACCGGGCUGAUGGUACGGCCGCUACUUCCACAGGACCAUCCAAGAUUUGGUUCUGCCAUUCAAAAUGCAGCAGAUGGAAUUCUCUCCAUGUUCAGAGGUGCUUCCAAACUUGGCCGAAACAAGAGCCGAGGAUCUCAACACAAGAACCAAGAUGGUGUCAAUCCAUAUGAAAUUGGUCGUUACCCGCCCAGUAAUCAAGCAGCCAGCAAGGAGGCCAUGCCAAUGGACACAGAGGUAUAUGAAAGUCCUUAUGCAGAUCCAGAUGAACUGAGGAGCUCAACAGUUAAUCGCGACCAGCUGUUUUUGGAGGAUGGAGAACUGGGCUCAGGGAACUUUGGCACCGUCAUGAAGGGCAUUUACAAGAUGAAAAAGACAGAGAAGCCUGUGGCUGUCAAAAUCCUGAAGAAUGACGAUAACAACCCCUCAGUACGUGAGGAAAUGCUGCGGGAAGCCAAUGUCAUGCAACAACUGGACAAUCCUUAUAUCGUCCGGAUGAUUGGUAUCUGUGAGGCAGAGAACCUCAUGCUGGUCAUGGAGCUGGCCGAGCUGGGACCCCUCAAUAAGUUCCUACAGAAACACAAACAAACAUCGAUCAAAAACAUCACAGAGCUGGCCCACCAGGUGUCCAUGGGGAUGAAGUAUCUGGAGGAGCACAACUUUGUCCACAGGGAUCUUGCUGCUCGCAAUGUGCUUCUGGUGACACAGCACUAUGCCAAAAUCAGUGACUUUGGCCUCUCCAAAGCUGUCGCUGAGGAGCAAAACUACUACAAGGCCAAGGGUCAUGGAAAGUGGCCGGUGAAAUGGUACGCCCCUGAGUGUAUAAACUAUUUCAAAUUCUCAUCCAAAAGUGAUGUGUGGAGCUUUGGAGUGCUAUUGUGGGAGGCCUUCUCCUAUGGCCAAAAACCAUACAAGGGGAUGAAAGGAAAUGAUGUCAUGCAGAUGAUUGAAAGCGGGAAUCGUAUGGAGUCCCCAGUGAACUGUCCACCAGAGAUGUAUGAUCUGAUGAGGACCUGCUGGACAUACAAGGCAGAUGAAAGACCUGGAUUCAGUGUUGUUGAGCCAAGACUACGAGAGUAUUAUUAUGACAUUGCACAGUGAUUCUUUAAAUAGAAGUCAUAAGGCUAUGCAAACUCUUGCUUGAUGAGAAAAACUGAAAUUAAUCAUAUAAGAAUGGCCAAAGAUGGUUAUGAAUUAUGAAUGCUGUAAAAUAUAGGCUUUAACUGUGGAAUUUUUUUCUACCUUUUAAAUACAGACUAUGAUUAUGCAAGUAAUAUCUAUUUUUUUUCGUUCCUGAAUGUCAGCAAUAUGAAGGUGGUUAUAAACCAAUCAGAACAAAUAUUCAUGCUACAGCUAACAAACUGUAUAACCUAAUAUUUUGGUAGUUUCAUACUGUAAGCGCAUUAUACAGUAUGUAUUAAAGCUGCGCAAUUGCAAUGUCAUUAAAGUUGGACCUAAAAUCCAGAAUGAACAAAGGUAUGAUUGUUUCAGUUUACAUAUAAACUUCUUUUCAUGCUUUUUCCUACUGAUGUUACUGUCAUCCGGUGUACCCACUAAAUACCACAACUGAGCAGUAAAAAUAAGAGGUAUACUGGCUCCGACAUAGCCAGGAUCAACAAGGUCCGCAUCAGACAGCCUUAUGACAAGUGGACUACCGGAACAAGACAUUCAUGGACUAGGGCAGAGAUAUGGAACUGUUUAUAUGCUACUUUCCAAGCACUUCUAGUGAUAGGGGGAUAUAUGUAGAGAAUGUGGGACCUUCGAAGCCUACUUUGAAACCCAACAUCUAUCAUUAAGGACUAAUGUCAGUAUAAUAUUCAAUACAUAUGCAGUAUUCAACCUCAUGUGCAAUACCCUUAUGUGCAAUAUUGUAAUUUUAAAAAAAUAUUCAAAUUUACUACCCUGGUUUUACACUUACUUUUACACAGUACUUCUUAUACUAUAGCAUUUCUCAUUUAGAAUUCUCAGAUUUAGAUUUGUUUAAUUAUUCUUUUACUGUCUGUUUUUGUUGCUAGGCACUGCUCUCUGUACACCAAGUCAAAUUCCUUGUGUGGACUCUCUUGGCAAUAAAGGCUUUUCUGAUUCUGAUUCUAA